AUGCCUUGCUCUCAGAGGUCAACCUAUCCAGCUCUCUUCCCGCAGCCCGAGAAUGACCACAACCGCUCCUCUCUGACGUACUCGUCUCCAAUUCCCUCAUCCGAAUCCAAGCACAGGCCCCCUGUCGGAUUGGGUAUAUCUGGCUGUGGUAUUGAGCAUGUAUUCGAUGAAAUGAGGGUGUUUAACAUCCCGCCCCAACUUCCAUCACAACUGGUCCCUCAAACGCCUACCCUUGAUCUUUCCUACGAUGACUACACCAGCGUAUCAUGCUUUGCUCCGAGUUACGACCAAAUACCGAUCCCACCCCCAGAGUCACUUGGUCUUUACGGCUCCACGUCGAUGAGCGCGUCGCCCAGUUACAAUUCUGCUUUCGAGGCUGGCCCAAGUCAGGAUAUCUUCUCGCCUGGAAUGUCGGAUAUAUGGACUCAUGCCUCCUGCUCAGGCCCGACAACCCCAUCUGAGGCCGUUGCCACUUCAGGUAACUUGCAAUGGAUGCAGGGGAUGGCUAUGCCCGCAACGCCACAAUCCUGCACUGAUACAGUACUGGGGUCGAUUGAAGCUGGGGUCCGAACAUGCUGCAGAGAGAACGUCAACGCCUGGCAGGAAAGCAUUCCACACCAGGCCGCAACCACUAAUACAGUGAACCCAGAGCCUGGUCCUAGGCCUGCUAGGAGAUCCCGCGACUCGCUCGGUGAAUUUCUCUCUGCGAGUGGAAAGCAAUGCCCUACUUGUGGCAAAAAGUUCACCAGACGCUCCAACUGCAAAGAACACCAGAAGAUGCACAACCCCGAGUGGAAACACAAUCAUCCAUGCGAGGAAUGCCACAAGUCCUUUGGAAGGAGCUCGGAUCUCAAAAGGCACAGAGACAACGUGAGCCCACCGAAUCCAGUCACCCAGGAUCAGAGAUCAGUCACUCACAUGCUUAGGUUCAUCUCGGGAUCCGUAAAUAUUAUUGUGAAUCGUGCGACCGGCGCUUCAGCCGACAUGAUUCCCUCAGCAGACACGGCUGCGAUGAGAGAAAACGUUCAUCACCGGGAUCUACCAGCCGCCAUGAACUCCCUUUACUUGCAUCCAGGUCACCUCUAUCUUCAAAGCACUACCGCUCGAUUAGUGAUUGCUAGACGCACAGCUCCCAGACCGGGUAACGACUGA